AUGGAGCGCAACACUCUGUGGAUGACAUAUCCAUAUUUGCAUGAAAAGUACCGGAGCCCCGUCGUCCGUGUUGGACCCGACCAUGUCCACAUCAAGGAUAUUGAUACAUAUGAAAAGAUCUUCCGCAAUGGGACGAAUUUCUACAAGGACCACACAUUCUACACCUGUGCCGACAACGACGGAUCCAUCUUCUCACUGUGUGAUCGCGACGCGCAUCGUGCGCGACGGAAGGCUCUUAGUCCCCGGUUCUCGAAGCAGGCAGCUGAAGCCGAUGCCCCUGGGAUCUUGCAGCAGCUUCGGCGUAUGGAAGCCUUCAUAGUUCGGCAGUCAGACGAGGGGAAAGAUUGCAAUAUCAACGAUCUAUUCAGGACAUUUGCAAUCAACAUCGUAGGCAAAACACUGCUUGGCGAUUGCGGCGACCUGGUCACAUAUGAGGACAGCAAGCCUGAGCUGCUCGAUAUUGUCGAUGGCAUGUCCAUGAUGAUACCUACGCUACGGUUCUUCCCCUACCUGGCCGCCAUCAAUAGCGUCGUUCCAUCUUUCAUAUCGAACCUCUUGGUUCCCGCAGGUGUGCUCAAUUUCAAGAAGAUCUGUGAAGAUUACACAAGGUCGCGAAUGGACAAGCCGAUCCGCAGCGACAUUGAGCGUAGCAGUGCAUCAGUUAUCGAGCUUCUGGUUGCUCAUAGCCAUGAUAUCACCGGGGGCCCGCCUAAUCUUGACUAUCUGGCUGCAGAAGCUUUUACAUUCAUCGACGCUGGAGUAGAUACGGCGGGUAGGACGCUGGCGGCUGCAGUGUACCACAUUCUUCGCGAUCCGAUAAUAGAGAAGAAGCUGAGGGACGAGCUGGAUAAGUCGGACGCCUGGACUUCCGGAGCCCUCGAAGUCGACGUUCGCAAAUUGUGGAACCUGCCCUAUCUGAAUGCGAUCAUCAAGGAGGCGCACCGUAUCUGGCCGGCACUUCCCGGACCGCUGCCUCGUGUGGUUCCUCCUGAGGGACUACAAGUCGAUUCCUAUUUCAUUCCCGGUGGGACCAUUGUAUCUGCCACCCACCAUUCCCUCCAUUUCGACGAGGAUAUUUUUCCCGAACCGAACAGAUUCAAUCCUGAGCGCUGGCUACGGAAUGAUAGGACGGACCUCGAUCGUUAUCUCAACCCCUACAGCCGUGGUAGCCGGGCCUGCAUUGGAAUCAAUUUGGCCCAGGCAGAACUCCUGUUGGCUGUCGCCGACAUGUUCCGUCUACUCGACCUGGAACUAUGCGAGCCAAUUCCGUCUGGUCUAACAUGGAAGGACCAUUUUGUUGCGGAACCGAUCAGCCCCAUCCUUAUCCGCGCAAGGCCUAGGGAGGUGUCGUUUUGA